AUGGACUGCCCUCGUUCUGUCCGUUCGUGCACCCUCUGCUCCACACACUUCCAAGAUUCGCAGGCCUUGUGCGACGCGUGCUGGACCGCGUCAGGGACGCUCUGCAUCAUCUGCGGCAAGACGCCCGCGAGGACCGAUCGGAUUUACAUGCACUGUUGCAAGAUGUGCUUCGCAGGACAGUCCCCCGCCAUGCUCGCAAAGCUGGUGCAAGUCGAAAGUGAAUCGUACGUGGAAUCGUUGCCGCCCGCCCAAUCGUGGACCGGCAAAGAACCAGCUUUUCAAUUGUUUCUGCACAAGACCCACUCGCAGGAGGCGUUACCAGCAUACUCGGCCACACCCGAUUACGUACACCCCGAUCACUGCCGCCUGUGUCUCGCCCACGUACGGCCCGAGGACCUUCCCGCGCACCUCAUGGAGAUGCACCGCGACGUGCUCGACGCCGAGUGUGAGGUACUGGACUCCUACAGGAACGUGGUACUUCAACGAUCCCUCACAGAGUGGCCAACGCCCAUCAGUCCUCAAAUUGUGCGGGCACGUCUGGCUGCGUUCAAGGCGGAGCUCACCGAUGCCAAUUUUGCCAUGGCACCUUGCGCAGUCUGCGCACGGGACAAGCGCCGAUGCAAGCUCCAGACGACGUACCUACCGGACCCCUCAGACGACGCGUGCCCCGACUGGCUGCAAUGGCCCGCCGACGUCUGGACUGCGCACAAGGACGCUUGGCACACGCAGCUGGACAACGUCUUCAACGUCGACCGGUACAUGGAACUGAUCUUCUGCAAGAGUGAGCGGCUGCGAGAAGCAGAGCUCAACGUCGCAGCUCUGCUGAAGGGAGAGGAAAGUUCCCUGGGCUUCACUACGCCCGAGGCUGCUCGAAGCUGGCAAGAGAGGGUUCAGCGCUGGGCGGCGGCCGUGCGCACCGACCUUGCGGCGGACUCCACUGCUGCGCCCGGCCACCCCGACAGGCUUUGGCUGCUGUACCGCCCGGGCAUUUCGAGGUCCAGCGCAGACUGCCAGGGCGCCGCCUCCGGCAUCACGGCGAACAUGUGCAAGCAUUGCGCGUCCGCUCUGCGGGAACUUACCGGCCCCCGUGAGGAUCGCCGCCCUCGAGUUCGAGUGCCGCCAGCUGCUCUGGCGAACGGAAUGUGGAGAGGCGCCGACCCCCGUGAGUUCGUGGACCUCACGUACGCUGAGUGCAAGGUCAUCAACCUCGCCAAAGUGUAUGUCAGCAUCAAACGCGUGUUCCUGAGCAAGGCGUCCUACGCUCCUACGGCCACUUCGGAGGCCCCCACGUACCACCAGAAGAACGUGGUGGCUUACCCGCAGAGCCCCGAGACCGCACUGACUGCCAUAGGCAUGCUACCUGCGGCCCUUGCACAGACCAUGGUGAUCCAGUUCGUGGGCGGGACGUUUGACGAUCUACACCGACACCCCGACCUCCAGGUCUCCGUGCUCCGCUUGCGCGCGGCGUUCCGGUGGCUCUCCCUCAACAAUUGGAUGUUCAUGUUCGCCACCAGGCAUCACGAGAUCUGGCGCUCGGGCACGUUGCACGCCGCCCUGGAGGCCCUGCUCAGUGCCUACGCCAGCAGCAUUGGAAGCUCCUCCGGCGUUCCGCGGGAGGUACUCUCCGCAGCAACUGCGGCUUCUGCAGCAAAGGCUUCGGUGGCGUCGGAGGGCCCAGCUGACUGCACCGACAGUGGCGCCCGCGAACCAGACCCGACUGGAACCGCUGAAGAUGGUAACGCUGCCGUAGUGAACGGAGGCAUGGACGACGUACCAGCACUCCGCUUGUGGACACGGGUCGUGGAUAAUUUCGACAUCGCAUCGCGUCUCCAGGAUGAGAUUCAUAAGUUGUCGGAGGACCACGACUCGUCCGCUCGCGCGCAGAAGAAGAUGCGGCACAAUGAGGCACUCGCCAAAGCAGUCGAGGCAAUGCAACGGAUGUCCCACGACUCUGUCCGGAAGGAGUUGGACAAGUGGGCGGCGCAAGAGAAGGACGACGCGGCUGCGGUGCAGAUCGCCCACGGAGACCAGUUCCUGUCCUCGCGGGCCGAGAACUUCUGGGCGGCAUGCUUCGUCCGCCUCUUCCCCCGCGGGGAUUGCCAGGAAACGUGCUCCCAGCGCCCCGCUCGCCUGCCCGCAGCGACGUGGGCGAAGACGUUGCUCACUCGAGCCGACACUGUUUGCUGGCGCCGCGACGUGGAGUUCGUGGCCACGCUGUUCAACACUUUCCUGCGGCGCGACCAGAUGGCCAGCGUCGAGGCCCACGUGAAGUCCACGGCCAGCGACGGCAUCACUGGCAUGACAUCGGCGCAAACCACUGCGCUCGCGCAACUCACUGCUGAAGGCCUCGUCUCUUCCGCUGCGGCCGCUGGGGACGCGGCCAAUCUCCGGGAUCUGCUUCGACAGCAAGGGCUCGAUCCCGUCGUGCGCAACGCCGCUCACCGGAUGCACCUCGUGCUCCGACGUGUCCGCGGAUCCGCCGAGGAACGAGAAGGAUUCAUCUGGCGAUUCCGGGCUCUGCGAAUAUGGUCUGGAUGCGCAUCGCUCUUCUUCACCCUGAACCCGCACGACAUUCGGAGCCCCCUCACUGUGCUGUUGGCCCAGGACGACGCGACCUUGUCCCGCAAGUUCUCCCUGGACAUGACCGACGACGAAGCAACCCAGUGGAUGGCCGACUUCAACCGGGAGGACCCGCGGCGCCUUCACCGAGCUGUGGCCAAGGGCCCGCUCAUUGCCACGCGCGUCUUCCACUGGACCGUGCGGCUCGUCAUGCGCGCAUUGUUCAAUUGCGCGGAUGCGCCCGACCAGCUCAACUGCGACGGGAUCGCCGCGAAGAAUUUGCCCGGCAUCGUCGGGCACGUUCGGGCGUACCUAGGCGUUGUGGAAGAACAGAUGCGCAAAGCGCUGCACAUCCACAUGCUCAUUCAGCUCGGCGACCACCUGCAGAACACGUUCCGACUUGCCUGGCACUACGUCGCAUCUAUCACGUUCCGCAGCACGGAAGCAUUCGCUCACUACGCGAAGGACCCUCUCGGACAAGCCGCCCUUCAACAGUUGCCGUUGCUGCCGUUGACGAAAUCGCAGCGGGAGAAGAUCGGGAGCGUUCGCACGGCCGCCAGCAACGCCGCCCAGUGGCAGGGGCGGGGACCCGCUGCGUGCGCCGGCGACGUCGCCGAGUUCCCGUUCUUCCCGACGUCCUUCUCCUCCGACCGCAACGUCGACAGCGGGAAGUGGGCUGUGAAGGCCGUGCAGGAAAUCUUCUCGCGGACCAGGAAAACUGGCAAUCACGUAUGUCGGCCGGCAGUUUGUUACAAAGGGCGACUCGGCAAGAAAGGAUUCUGCCGCAUGCACUAUUGGCAUUGGGCUUGCCAGACCGACGCGAAGACGGGGAAAGAUAUUGCCAAACGUCAGCAUGGCUUGGAACUACGCGCUCGAUGGGACGGCACUGGCGAGCUGCCGAUCCUGCGUUACCCGCCACACGUGGGGCUCCCAGCGCUGGAAACAACGCAUCCGUUCCACUUCCGGCUGAACCCCGCCAUCAUGCUGGGCCCGCAGUGCAACCAUGACUUGGCGGUCCUGCUGCGGUUCUGCGAGCUCCCCGCGAACGAUGCCGACCUCCCGAAUGAGAGCCGCGUUGCCCAAGUGAAAGCAGCGAUGGCCGAAGCUAUGGGGGACCACGAAUAUUACGCCUCGGCGUACUCAGCGAAGUCGCAGCCGCACGCAGACGGCCUGAAAAUGACAUUGGCCGCAUCGCUCGAGAGGAAAGAACGCGCGGCACAGCUGGCAGCCGCGACGGACAUGGUCGAUGACCAGGAGAAGGCACGCAAAUUGUUGCACACGCUGGUGGCCGCGACUAACAACCGGAUGCACAAGGGGUUCCCCGAGAUGAUCAGUUACCUGUUAGGCAAGCCCAUCGCGCACAGCAGCCACACGUUUGUCCCUGUCUUCUUCGGGAAGCUCCUCGCGAUCAUUCGUGCCACCAUGUCCCAGACAGCUCGCGGUGAACCUGUCCAGACAGACCACAGCCAACCGCGACCAUAUACUACGAAGUUGACACCAGCCAAACUCCACAUCGGCGAGUUGGACUACGUGCACAGGCCGCAAGAACUGGAACAAUUUCCCUUCUACUUCUUCUUCGCGAGCUGCGACGCCAAGUUGCCCGUUGGCAAGAACCCCCCGCCGGAAUCUCUUCGGUGGGUCAGGGACGGUAGCCGCCGGCAGUACACGGCCGCGCCAGUGACCAGCGCUACUUACGACGGAGUGCCGCUCCGAGGGGCUUCGACGGACGCAGAGCCCAAUGGGGAAGUACUUUACAGGUACGCGUACUACAUCUCAUUGCGUUUGACAAAGCCGUGGAAGGUGCCCAUCCUCUACGGCAAAUUGCCUGGCCGGCCUGCCAGCGACGACCACCUGGACGAGUGGUUCCUCUAUGCGUUGAAUGUAAUGGUUCUGUUCAGGCCCUUCCGGGCCCUGUCAGAUUUCGUCACCCGCAUCACGUCGACACCGUGGCCGCAUGGAGAGAAAGCAUGUCAGGCAGCCGUCGUGCACGACUUCCGCGCAUGGGAAAUGUCGACCCGAGAGGUGGCUCGAAAGUGCACCGCGGAGACGCCCCCUCUAACCCCAGAGUGGUGGGCGCACAGAAUACUGGAGAGCAUUCGCAACUACGACUUCGCAUCCUCCAGGAGGCAAGCCAUCAGUGAAGCCGUGCCGUCAAGCGUGCAGAUGCCAUUUCUCCCACCGUGGAACGCCGCCCGUGACGAAGCAGCCCAGGCCGCCGCGAACGACCCGGACACUCUGCUGGAGUCCGACGACGACGGCGACGACGAUGUAAACCCGCCCGACAUUCCCUUGGACGACGACAACACGGGCAACGACGCGCCAGCCCGACGACACCGAGCACCCGACCCGGCCAGCCUCCUCUGCGGCAUUUUCCCCGCGGGCGUGGAAAUGGACGACGUGAUUGCUCCAGCGGCAUGGCAGAGAAGCACCGCCGCAGAAGCGAAGUACAUUGUCGAGUUCAUGCGAGAGAACUCCGCCCGGCUCCGAGCGCCGGACGUGGCCUCUCGUGCACCAGUAUUCGAGGAUGCCGUGCGAUUGCGCCCGGCCGCAUCUCUGGCGGCUGCGGACCGGCAAGCGGAUUUCUUCAAGAUGAUUGACGCCUGGAAGGCCGAGACGAGUACGAAGCCGCAGAAGUCCACUCAGGAGACGCAGGAUGCCCUGCAGCAUCGACUCCAGACGGUCAUGGCAGACGGCCGCAGCUCGGCGUUCCCGCUUGUACCUCCGCGUACGCGGACUGCAGUGCUCGACGCUUGCUUCCACCUCUUGCGGGCGGGCGUACUGAACGUGGUCGACAUGCCCGAGAUCAACGUCAAACAGGCGCGCGCGCUGCUUUGGAACGCUGCAUGGCUACAAGACGUCAUGAACCGCGCGUGGGGGUUCGACGAGCCCUCUGGGCCGACUGUCACAGGGCGACCGUCUUUGGCAGACGGGUUUCAACUCGCACUCAUGGGCCCCGGAGGCACUGGGAAGACGGCGGUUCUGAGAGUCGUCGAGGCAAUCAUCUGCUACUUCAACGGCCCAGACACGGUGCAGAAAUGUGCGCCGUCGAACUCGGCGGCAAGGCUUCUGAGAGGGGACACGCUGCACGCACUGUGCAAGCUACCGUUUGGCAACGUGACCGUGUCCAGUAAGAAAGGUCGCCUCACCCGCACUGUCUUGGAGAGCCACCGGAGCCGCUGGGAAGGCGCCCUCGCGUGCUUCAUUGACGAGGUGUCCAUGGUCGCAGCAGCCCAGCUCUUCCAGGCGGAGGUUCGAUUGAAGGCGGCCAAGAACUCCACCCAGGCUUGGGGUGGCUUGGGCAUGACGUUGUCCGGGGACUUCAUGCAGCUCCCACCAGUCGACCCCACGGGCGACAACAGGAGCCUCGCCACGGACCUGGACGAGGUCGACGUCCUGAAUGAGAAGGGCGAGUACGACCAGGAACAGAACGCGGACAAGAAGAGGUCGAAGCACGUGGAGACGGUGCAAGGACUGCAGCUGUGGCGCCGCGUCCGGAAAGUGGUGACGCUGGAAGUGAACGUCCGCGCCCCUGGCACACUCAGCCAGCUGCUGGCGGAGAUGCGUGCAGGCAACAUAUCGGACGCGAUGUGGUCCUUGUACACCAGUCGCAUCUUAUCUUCAGAUGACGCCCGCCCGCGCGAUCCCGCGUCGCCCUUCUCCACGAACCCCUGGACAUACAUCGUCCACAGGCACAAGAUUCGCGUCUACCGAUCCAUGCAGAACGCUAAGCAGCAAGCGCUGCGGACGGGCCGCCGCCUCUACGUCGUCCAAGCCCGCGACGAGCCAGUGGACCCCGCCGACGCUCAAAAAAUGACAGAACAGGUCCAUCGAGACCUCCUGCAGAAGGUGAGCCCGAAAGAUACGCAGGACUUGCCGAGUCUUUUGCCCCUGUACAUCGGAAUGCGCCUGACUAUGUGCUCGAAAGACUGCGUGCGGCUGGGCCUCAUGAAGGGCUGCGUCUGCACGCUCCGCCACAUUGUCUUCGCCGACGGAGAGCCGUUCCAGUCGGACCCAAUGGACGAGAACGUCGUGCACGUACAGUUCAUGCCCGUUUCCCUAUGGCUGCAGGCUGACGGCGGCGACUGGGAACUCCCGGCGGCCGACUUGGCUGCGGACCUCCCCACGUGCACUGACCGGCGCGGCUUGUUUCAAAUGAGACCGACGUGCGGGCAUUUGCGCGCAGCGUGGGAAGAGGAGCAUUUCUCAGUACGCCGCACCACUUACCGUUUGUUGCCAGCAGAUACGAUUAUUGUGUACGGCGCUCAGGGGGGUACAUACGUAGCCGUGGUGGCUGACAUGAAGAAGCCGCCUUCCAUGGACGCAGAUACGCAUUGGCUUGCGUGCUACGUGAUGCUCUCGCGCGCUGUCUCCGUGGAGAGCCUUUUCAUUCUACGCCCGGCCACCAGGCGAGAACUUUCCCGAAAGCCGCCGAAGUUCCUGCUAGACGAGAUUACCAGGCUGGCCGAAAUGGAGACGUCGUCGCUCGGUGACCUCAUCCGCACUUUGCGGGACAUGACAGGAGAUGCGUUGCCCGACGACCUGAUGGAUCACGUCCUCGCGAGCGAUGGCGCGUCGCGCCAGGCAUCCCGGGUAGCUUCCUUCCGAGCUAACCGCCCUGCCAGACACCAGCAGCGCGCGACAGCUUCGCCGCCGCCCUCGCGCCCCGAGGAGGGCCGCAGUGUGCUUCGGCGAACGCGCGGGAAGACACCGCCGCCAACGCUGCUGCCGCAGGAUGGAGACACGUGGAGCGCCGGCGGCGGCGCGGCGGAGCAAGCGAUGACCCUGUCUGCGCUGCCCCCGCUGAAGAAGCCGCGGCUGACGGAGAGUACCGCGGCGCAGGUGCCGCCGCCGCCCCGAGCGCAGGACUCUGUGCCAGGGAAGGCAAUCGAUGCACGCGCUGGCCAUCAGGCGCAGUCCGGGCACCCAGCACCGAUGGCCGACGCUCUCUUCGGCGCGGCACCCCCGACGACACGAACGCGAGCUCCAAGCGCAACAGCUACGUCGAUAGUGCCGUCGACUGCAUCCGCCCGCCCGUGCGGCGAGUGCGGCGCGCCGGAGUGCUGCGUCGACUACGAGCGGUGCCCCUUCUUCUUGCUAUCACCUGCGUCCAACUCGCGCUCCCUGCUGCAGUGGGCACAUGGUGCCGCCCAUGCCGUCUCAGACGCACUGUGCACCCGCGUUGCAACUAUUGGGUCUUCCAUUGGUUCCACGAUGUCCGUGCACAGCGUCGAGUUCGGCGGCCGCGGAGACUGCCUCUUCUACAGCAUUGCCGGAGUGCUGGCUCGCAUGGUUGUCGCUGGUGGCCCACCUGCGCGCCACAUAUUGAAGACCGUGUCUUCGCAAGUUUUCCUCCAGGGCAAGGAUGCCGUCAUGCGAGCACUCCGACAUCUGUCCGCUCGGAUAUACCUGCGCUGGACCCCGGAGCAAGUACUUGACUUCAUGGUGUCCGCCUGUAUGCAGCACCGCACGGGGAUGCAUGAAGACCUAUGGGUUCCGCUCGAUGUUCUUCGCCAGUCCUCUCUGGAUUGCUUCGCGCACGUGGAGAGCGUCCUCGCGUUCGAGGAAAGAUCCGACGGGAGUGCCGUUGCCCGGGUGGCCGUGACAGCUGCGCGACUUGGAGGAGGCGACCGCGACGAAAGCCUGAUCACUAUACCAGACGGCACGGCGCGACUGCAGCACCUUCGAGAAAGCAUUGCCGCUUGCAUGGCCCAACCUGGAAAUAUUCAUUGGGGCACACAAACAGACGUCAACAGCCUCAGCGAGGCCCUCGACAUCGGCGUCUUCGUGUUCCGGAACAAUUUACCGGCACAG